AUGCUAAUAUCACGCGCAUUUUCACUCGCUUCAAUACUCAUUACCACUGUUUCAGCUGCCACGAGCACUGCCUCAUGCAAUCCCAUCAAAUCACUGUCAUGUUCACCAAACCCAGCAUUGGGGGGAUCCAUGCAAGAAAAUUUCCAAAAUGGUUUAGGAUCGUACUUUACCAACUCUGGUAAUCAAGGUGAUGUUAAAACUGGCGAUGAAGGUUUGUCGCUUACAGUCAACAAAAGAUUUGAUAACCCAUCAAUACACUCCGACUUCUAUUUAAUGUUUGGUUAUGUCGAAGUUGAAUUGAAAGCUGGUGAAGGUAAAGGAAUUGUUUCCUCCUUUUUUUUGCAAAGUGACGACUUGGAUGAAAUUGAUAUUGAAUUAUUUGGUGGUGAUGAAUAUGAAUGGCAAUCAAACUAUUUCGUUCAAGGAAAUACAUCUACUUAUGAUCGUGGUGGAUAUCACUCCAUCAACCCAAGCCCAUUAACAAACUAUCACAAGUACGCCAUUAACUGGACCAAAGAUUCUUUGGAUUGGAUAGUUGAUGGAUCUGUAAUCAGAUCAUUACAUAUCACCAAUUCUCAAGGUUAUCCACAAUCGCCAAUGAGAAUUUAUGCUGGAAUUUGGGCUGGUGGUGAUCCUUCGAAUGAAGAAGGAACAAUCUUGUGGGCUGGUGGUGAAACUGAUUAUAGCCAAGCACCAUUCACUAUGCACAUUAAAUCCAUUACUGCUAUUGAUUAUUCAACUGGUAGUGAAUAUUCAUAUUCUGAUCAAAGUGGAUAUUGGCAAUCAAUAGAUGCUAAAGACGGUGAAGUUAAUGGUAGAUAUAGUGAUGCCCAAAGCGAUGUUAACAAAGCUGUCAAUGGUGACAGUAUAGAAAACAGUGGAUCAAGUGAUUCACCAAGUACCACUCAAAGCUCAAGUGAAUCAUCAAGCACCACUGAAAGCUCAAGUGAAUCAUCAAGCACCACUGAAAGCUCAAGUGAAUCAUCAAGCACCACUGAAAGCUCAAGUGAAUCAUCAAGCACCACUGAAAGCUCAAGUGAAUCAUCAAGCACCACUGAAAGCUCAAGUGAAUCAUCAAGCACCACUGAAAGCUCAAGUGAAUCAUCAAGUACCACUGAAAACUCAAGCUCAUUCAGUGAAUCUACUCAAGAAUCCCAGUCGUCAUCUGAACCAAAUAGCUCAGCCUCAUCAGCAGAAACAACCGAAACAUCGGAGUCCACCCAAACAACCAGAGGCGGUGCCAACAAGGUAGAAACUGAUGCUUCUUCUUUUUCUUCAUCUGUUGCCACUACAUCCGCUGAAACUGACUCAAGCGAACAAGAAACAACAACCUCGUCAUCAUCGUCAUCAGAUGAGACGCACUCGGUCUCUUCCUCGUCUGAAAACUCAGCUUGUAGGUUUACUUCACCUAGGUCAAUGCAAUUUGUCACGGUUUUGGUUUCGUUUGUUUCAUUUGGAUUUGUGCUUGUAUAA